GUGUUCCCGCACUACUACUAUGAAAAAGAAGUAUUUUGUGUUGCGACGUGAAACAGGACCCAAAAGUCCGGCUCGUCUGGAGUACUAUGACAACGAGAGAAAAUUUCGUGCAGCGGUCCUCAGCCUAAAAAGCCAAUUGUUCUUCAUACUUGUUUUAACAUAAACCGCAAGAAGGAUCCUAAACACAACCAUGUAAUUGCCCUCUACACAAAUCACGACUCUCUCUGCAUGGCAGCAGAGUCAGAAGCUGAGUUGAAUGACUGGUUGGGCUUCCUUCAUCACCAUAUGCACCAGGCUGUGACUGGUGCUGAUGGACAAUCCAGGAAAAUGUAUGAGCAUGUUUGGUUGGUUGCAGUGCAACCAAGAAGUCUUGGUAGCAGCAAAGGACUCGCUGGAGAGCACCACAUCUGUCUCACUUACAAGUCUAUUGCACUUGUUAGAGUGGGCGACUGCCAGAAAAAGAUUGAGUUUCCUCUAAACAGCAUCCGUCGGUGUGGACACACUGGGUCAUUCUUCUUUCUUGGACUGGGACGAUCAGCUGUCACUGGUGCUGGGGAUAUCUGGAUGCUGACAGAGGAUGCUGUUAUUGCUGAAAAUAUGCACAGCAUUAUAAAAACAGCAAUGCAUGCUCCUUGUAAUAACAUCAGUGAAGAUCCCGUAACGCGAGAACGUACCCAGUCUAUGUCAAAUCAUCGCUCAUUUGAUGUGCCCCAGCACACACUGCAAGAGUUGCAAAGGCCGCUAUCAACGAAUGCCACUUCAAAGAACUCUCAUACUUCCCUCUUCUCCAGACCUGGCAAUAUAAGCAUUUUAAGUAGUAGGUGCUACACACGUUUUCCUUAUGAUCAGAUAGCGUAUUUUUUUUUGUGUGUUAAUCCAUACUGUAUUAGCAUUUGUGCCCCCUGGAGUUACAAGGCAAAAACCUGCACAAUUCCAAUUUUUAUUUGCAUGAGGUACUCCAUCUUUUUUAUGUUUUGUGCCUCUGCUUGGUCAUUUUAA